CACAACUUUUUUAUUUCAUAAUAAUAAGUACAAAGAACUCAUCCAGAUUAUAUAUUUGGUGUGACCAAAAAACAUAAACAAGUACUCUUGUAGAUUUAUCUGUCCUCUUAAAAACUGUUUUUUUUGUUUUCAGAAAGAAAUAUAUGGCAAAUAUUUCUACUUGCUCCCUUCUCGUUGCUGCUGUUUUUCUAGUUGGAAUAUUGAUGAUCCCAUCGGAAAUAUUGGGAGAAACAUGCUACCAAAUACACCCAGAGAUAUUGUGUGAUGAAGGCAAAGUUGAAGGGGAAUGUUUACCUUUCUGCAAUAACAAAUUUGGAUCCUCUGCUGGUGGACAAUGCAUUGAGCAAAUUGGCUUUGAUGGUCCUUUUUGUGCAUGUGAUUAUCCUUGCUGAUUAAUUAAUAUGUAGUUUUUGUUUACAUGAUGUUUGUUUAGUCUUUAUAUAUAUGAUGUAAAAUCUACUCUUGUUGGCUGUUUUAUAAAUGGAAUAAUAACAGAUAAAUCAUGUUAAGUA